AUGCCAAAUCCACCAUCAAUCUUUAUGUGUACGCUCUGCCAAGUCUGUUCAAGUCGGUCAAACAACAUCACCCUGACGCAUGGCACGUUUGAUCACAGUGUCAAUCAUGAACUCCUAGAAAGACGAAGUGUAGAGUUGGCUCCAAUCAUGGAAAAGAAAUCUCUAAUCCAACAGUUUCGUUACAUUAUAUGUCAUCAUCCAAAGUGUUGUACAAUUGCGCAUUUAAUUUUACAACUUUUAGAUGCAGUAGAUGGUCAAGCUGCUAGAGCUUUGGGACAAAUUAGCAGGUUUGGUGCUGUACUAGAUAUGGUCACCGAUGGACAUUAUAUUGAUAUGUAUAGUUCUGAUAUCAAGAAUUUCAACUUGAAAGAGCUCCACAAAAAAGCCUCCUCAUUCAACAGAUCAAGAAUCCAUUACCUACACGAACUCAACCUAAACGAUCAAAAAAUCACUUCUGAGGCCAACUGA